AUGAGCACCACAGACGUAGCCCCAACGCUGUCUCCAGAGGCCACCAGCGUAGAACAGGAAGAUUCCGUGGUAGAGAAGCUUCCAGAAGUCACCGACAAGGAACAUGAUCGAGGUCUACAGUUUUGGCUCAUCAUACUGUCAGGAUGUCUAGUGGACUUCGCGACUGCCCUAGAUGCGACCAUCAUCACAACGGCGCUGCCCAAGAUUACGGCCGAUCUCCAGGCUGAGCAACAAUAUGUGUGGCUUGCAAAUACGUACGUGUUUGCCUCAACGGUGGUGAUGCCGUUUGUGGGCCAGACCUCCAACAUCUUCGGGCGUCGCAUGCCCAUGAUCAUUUCUGUGGUCCUCUUCUCAAUCGGCAACGCCAUCGCCGGUGCUGCCACCAGUGCUGGCAUGCUCAUAGCAGCAAGGGUGGUGACCGGCCUUGGCGGGGGCGGCAUCUUCGUCCUCAAUGAUCUGAUUGUCUGUGACCUCGUUCCGGUCCGAGAACGACCCAAGUUUCUUGGCAUACGGAUCGCUAUAGCGACGAUAUCGACCAUCAUCGGCCCCGUUCUCGGCGGCGCCCUGGCACAAGCAUCAUGGCGCUGGGUCUUCUUCAUCAACCUGCCAUUCUCCGGCAUUGCGCUUGCCGUCAUGAUCCCAUUCCUACGCCUCAAAUACAGGCGCGAGGCGACAUGGAAAAAGGCUGUUGCCCGUAUAGACAUCCUCGGAAACUUCAUCUUCGCCGGAGCCAUAACUGGAAUUCUGUUUGGACUGAUCAUGGGCGGCGUACAGUAUCCCUGGUCGUCCUGGCACAUAAUCGUGCCACUUGUGAUUGGGUUUUGUGGUUGGGCUCUCUUCCACUUCCAUCAGGCCUCCCCCAUCUGCAGGGAGCCCAGCAUGCCCCCCCUGCUCUUCAGCAACCGUACGUCGGUUGUGUGCCUUGCGCUGACCUUUAUAUCAAACACUCUCCUGGAGUGGAUUGUUUACUUUCUGCCCAUAUACUUCCAAGCCAUCAAGGGCGCAACCCCCCUCCAGUCUGGUGUUGAUGUUCUGCCCCUCAGCGUCGUAUACGUUCCCCUUGCAGUGCUGACGGGCGGCCUCAUGUCCAAGUUUGGAAAGUACAAGCCGAUACAUCUCGUUGGGUUCGGAUUUACGUCUCUUGCUUGCGGCCUGCUGUCUAUCCUGGACGCUGCCUCGCCGACGGUUGAAUGGGUCUUCUGGCAACUCUUCCUUGCCGUUGGUGCCGGCUUCACUAUGAUCAGCAUCCUCCCCGUCAUCCAGGCGUCGCUGCCAGAUAGCCACGUGGCUACUGCCACCGGCACGUUUGCUUUCGUGCGAAACUUUGGUUUUGUAUGGGGCGUGACCAUCCCGUCUGUCAUCUUCAACGCACAAAUUGAACGUAACCUGCACUGGGUCCUGGAUACCGACGUUCAGCAGCGACUCAGCAAUGGUGCCGCAUACGGUUAUGCUGGGACUGGCGCCAUUACCCAGCUCCCCCCGGAUACUCAAGCCCAGGUCCACGACGUCUACAAAUCAGCCAUGUCUGCCAUCUGGCAGGCGGCGGCGGUAAUUGCCGCCAUUGGGACUUUGCUUGUAUUUGCAGAAGCCGAUAUCGAGCUUCGGAUGGACAAUGACACGGAGUUUGGCAUGGAGGACGGAGGAAAGAAAAUCAAGGAGAAGUCUCCCGAAGGAGUUGACACUCAAGAGACUGUUUGA